CCCUGCGAUUACACCUCAGUCGCCUCGAACACGUCGUGACGCAGAGUGACGGGUCCAGGGACCACUAAAACGGGAGACCGCUCGAACGAAGGUCCGCUCAGUCCUAUCCUCACUCAAACUCAAAGUGUCCAACCAAUUUACCUAACAAAGAAAAAUCAACAUUCCCUCUAGUGUUGAUUAAAAAAAAAUCGUUUCGAAUAAUCUUGACACCCCCGGAUUCAUGCUCUAACAUAUAUGCAAAAGAAAAAAAUAUUAGGGUUGAUUCCUCCCCACUUCGUCUCGUAAAAUUUGAGUCUGUGGAAAAAAACAAUUUUAAUGUUCGCACUGUCCGUCUAACUUCGAGUGGUAACCUCACCACAGAAAGUUUACGUAGAUACAAAUUUCACGAGCUUUCGAGCCUGGAUUUUUUUUUAAGUUUAAACUUUCAUUAACUUUAUGGUAUUGUGAAAAUAGUUUUAAAGCUUAACGUUUCAAAUCACAUUGUUGAGUGCGCAAGGUGUUCGCGUAUUGUAAAGUCGCGUAAAGUUGGUGAUGUAAUCUAGACAUGGACGAUAGUGAAAUCUGAUCGUAAAAAAUCUCGUUCCAGUUCGUAAUAUAAUGUGAUCAGUGCUUGUUACUUUCACGUAUUUCCAGAAAAUUAAAUUGGAUAGAUGGAUUCUUUACUGACGGAAUCGCGAACCUUUACACUCCGGUGCAAGACUGCAAGGAUACAUACAGUUUCAUCUCUGCUCUUUUGAAGUUCCGCCAGAAAGGAAGAUAUGUACACGUUCCUGGCUGUCUUUCUCUUGGUCUCAUUAUUCCAAGGAUAUGCAUUUGAAGCCUCGCCAGUGGUGCUGCAGAGCGACGGGGAGGAGGAGAAGGCGAUCUACCUGACGGCGUCGGUGGGGGAGUCCGUGGUGCUCGACUGCCCCCUCGACUUCCCGCACGAUGUCCCCAUUCCGUACAUUCUCCACUGGAACAAAGAGGGUCAGACGAUUUUCACGUGGUACGAGGGCACGAUGACAACCAACGACGAGUUCAAUCAGCGGAUUAACCUGGCACAGACAGGCCCCCACGGCAAGGGCUCCAUCAACCUGACGAGCAUCCGAGAAACCGACAGCGGAUGGUACGAGUGCAAGAUCUAUUUCCCCAACAGGACUCCCAGCACCAAGCAGAACGGCACCUGGUACCAUCUCACCGUUGAAGGGAUCUGCGUUUGUCCUACAGGAGGGGACCUGCUUGUUAUCCCUCCGUCGAACGUGACGGUGCUGGAGGGCGAGUCGGCCCACUUCCAGUGUGUCACCUCGGACAGGGAUGCUCAAGUGAACUGGUACAAGGACGGCGUGCCCCUCCCGAGCCUCGACGACCUCCGCAACCGGGUCUGGAUCAGCCCCGAGGGAUCCCUCACCGUCCAGCCGACCAACAUGGCCGACCAGGGCCUCUACCAGUGCGAGAUCAUCGGCAGCCAGGGCGACGCCCAAAGGGCUGGCGCCUACCUCUCUGUCCAGUUCAAGGCACGGAUUUUAACCACACCGCGAGAGGUGUAUUUGCCUUACGGACGCGCGGCCACGUUAGACUGUCACUACGGGGCUAAUCCGGAGAUAACCAAUCUCCGAUGGGAGAAGGACGGAUUUUUAUUCGAUCCGUUCAAUGUCCAAGGAGUUUUUUUCAGGCGCAAUGGCUCACUUUACUUCAGCAAGGUUGACGAGACUCACGGAGGUGAGUACACCUGCACCCCGUACAACGUUCUAGGGACGGAGGGUCCCUCUCCACCCAUCCACGUAAUCGUUCAACGGCCACCAGUCUUCAUCAUCACGCCGCACAACUUGUACUUGCGCAAAACAGGGGAGUCCAUCGAAAUCCCCUGCGAUGCCCUCGACGGCAACACCGCCUUGAGACCCACCAUCGUUUGGUUUAAAAAGAACGGGAGCCCUCUGCCGGAGGAACGCGCCAAGGUGUCGGGCGGGAACCUGACGAUCGUGGACAUCAAGGAGGAGGACCGGGGGUUCUACCAGUGCGUGGCCUCCAACGAGGCGGCCACCAUCUCCUCGGAGACGGAACUCGUCAUCGAGAACUCCGUGCCGCGCGCCCCCUACAACCUCACCGCCGACGCCUCCCUGUCCUCCAUCAACGUCAAGUGGAACCCGGGAUUCAUCAAGCCCCGCUUGGAGUACAGCGUUUGGUAUCGAGCGACUGACACCCCGGAAUGGCGAACGAUGAAGAUCCUAUCACGAGGAGCUGCCGAGGCCACGAUCCCAAAUCUAAGCCCUGGCAGGGAGUACGAGCUCAUGAUCCUUAGCCAAGAUCAGCAUGGGGACGGAAUGUUCAGCAAAGCCAUUAGAGUUCGCACAAAAGGAACUGGAGAAAUUCAGCACGAGAAGAAUAGUAUUGGACCUGCUACUUACCACCAGCUGGGCACUCCACACGAUCUGCGAGUGGACAUAGUGGUGGAGGGAUAUCAAGUCUCCUGGUCGCCCCCUGAAACUGGCUUCGAGACGCUGCGGCAUUACGUGCUGAAGUGGUACACGGAGCCCAACCAAAGGCUUGUAGGCCAGGCUCAAGCCGUUAAUAAUUACUACAUAGUGAAAAACUUAGAGGAGGACAAGACUUACUACUUUCAAGUGAUAGCUGUAUCAAUGAGUGAUCAAGAAACUGCAAGUAAUAAGCAUACCUACAGAGUUCCUAUUUACCGUAGAAGCAACUUCUUCAGCAACGGACUGUUAAUCGCUGUGCUGUGUAUCAUCUUAGUUUUAGGAGCCUUAUACUAUCUGAAAAGAGUUUUCUUCAAAAAAACUAGCAUCAUGCAGGAGCUGUAAUUUAAUGGACUACCAGUCUCACAGUAUUUCAAUGAUUAGAAUGACUCUCCUGAGCGAUAUUUAUUCAAUCGAAAAUGAUGCAUGGGCCAAAUUCUGAGAAAGCUAAUUUUCCUCUGUCGAACAUCAGUAAGACUGGAAAUUACAAUGUUCCUGAAAAAGAGUCCAACACUAUUACUUUAGCAAAGUAAUUUUUAGCUCCCCUUCGAUGUCUAGAACUCAUAUUCAUCGACCUUUUUUGACUGCCGAAAUAAUCUCAUGUAUACAUACUUAAAGGAUCAGUAAAAGAGCUGUUGUAACAUAGUAUUGAAUGAAUGUAAGUGAAAAUAAAGAGAUAAUAUAAUCUUAAAAAUUGUAAAUACGUAAAUAAAUAAUCUACGAUAAUUC